GGCCGGUCCUCGUUCUCCGGGUCAGAGCGGUGCGGCGGCGGUUCGCUCUGAUCUCUGUGUGAUUUAGACCCACAUCUCCAACAAUGUACUACAGGAUCAGCGGAGUGACCGGGAGACUAACGGGGUCCACACCGGCGGGCGCGUACUGCCCUCAGGGGCUGAAGCCCACGUUGCCCUCAGAACCGGCCCCCAUGAUCUUCGCCUCUCCCACCAAGGUUGUGUCAGAAGCAGGCGCUGUAGCAGAGUAUAUGGGAUCUAACAAGGUCCCUGAGCUUCAGAAGAUCUUCCAGAAAGCUGACGGAGUGCCCAUUCACUUGAAGCGUGGAGUCAUGGACCGACUACUGUACAGGACUACAAUGGGCCUGACGAUUGGAGGAACCCUCUACUGCCUAGUGGCCUUGUACAUUGCUGCCCAGCCCAGAAAACCUCAGUGAUCUCAAUCCUCAUCCCCCUCUGGAUUUGUCAGAUUGUAAUUAUAACAGGUGGGAGCAACAAAGUGGACUAUUAACACUCUAUUUCCAAAGACAGUUGCAUAUUGCUGCCAUGUUCUUUCACUUCCGCUUAACCUUAUUUAUAACCAGAGGUCUGGUGCUGCCAGCUCCACCUCAAGAAGUCUUGCAAGUACAUCUUUUCACAACAUGAAAUAAGAGGUGAAAAAAAUAAACAGCCAUCAGGCCUCUCUGUCUGACUAACGUCAGGGGUUUAGACUGGGUUUACUGGGGUACAUGCUCUGACUAAAAUGUGCUGGUGUCUUUAAGGACCUUUAAGAUGAGCAAACCUCCAGCUGGUGAAACAGAGGCAUGUGGGCACAGACAAUUGCUUUGACACUUUUUGAUGACAAAGUAAAAAUAAUGUGAAAAAAAAAAAGAAAAUUAACAUCAACAGGAACUGUGGAAGCAGUUGGCACCUUCAGCGGGUUUUGAUACUUGGCCAGGAUUUUUUCAUUGUUCUGACAGCUGGAGAGUGCGCUGCUUCAGUUUGGUAGUGCUUGCAAUCCUGCUGAUGUCCAGAACAAAGUAUUCUUAGUUUUUCUGAAACUGACACUACAGGUGUUUCAGACACGAUUACGAUGGCCAUGAAUCUGUCAGUACAUGUUUGACUGUAAACGAUGUUCUUGUAAUUUUUCUUGAGAAUAAAUAUAUUUUGUUUGUAAAAAGCAA